AUGUCAUCGUACUACUUUGCCAUUAUUGGUACGCGAGAUAACCCGGUGUAUGAGCUCGAGUUUUCGUCUUUCAAGGGUGCGCCCAGCUCACAGGUGGUACCUGGAGUGUCACAGUUUUCUGCAAGUGUAAAAGAAAUUCUUCCGUUCAUUUCUCAUUCGUCACUUGAUCUCAUUGAAGAUUCUCAAUGGACUCUGAACCAGUUUUAUUUGGGGAAAAUCGACCUGUUUUAUGGCCUAUUGGUCAAUGCAUUCAUCACUCAAGGAAACAUUAAAUUUGUUCUCUGUUUCGAUGCCAAUGGAAAUACUGGGCCGUUCCCAAGUAGUAAAAACGACGACAAUUCGAUGAAACAAUUUUUCUCCGAGGCUUACGAUUUAUAUACAAAGUGCCUUCUAAAUCCGUUCUAUUCCGUCAACGAUGCCAUAACUUCACCAGACUUUGAUAUGAGGUUGAAGUCGCUCGCACGAAAGUAUUUAUAG